UCGUAGGGGAGGCGCAUCACGCGAAACAUGACAAGCGUGCACGGGGCAAACCGGUGUCAGACUCUCGCUAACUUGAAGAUCGUGAUCCGCAUUAUAAAUCGGACAGACCUGCAGGUCCAGUGAUGAUCGAGACUGAUCUACGGUCAGCGGGACAAAGUCACCGAAUAGUUUUGCGGUGCGUAAAGAACGAGCGUGCGAACUAACAAUGAGUUUAGCGCUGAAGAGCUGGAUGGCCAAUGAGGGACCCAAACAUUUCACUAUGAUGAUUUGGGUUGGAGUGAACGUCUUCCUGUUCUGGAGAACCUUCAUGCUGUACUACAGCGGAGCGCAGUAUUAUUAUUUGCACAAGAUGCUCGGGUUGGGUCUCUGCAUCAGUAGAGCAUCGGCCUCUGUGUUAAACUUUAACUGUAGUCUGGUCUUGUUGCCCAUGUGCAGAUCACUACUGACAUUAGUGCGAGGGUCACAGCGGGUGAAUAGUAGACAGGUUCGCCGGCUGUUGGAUAGGAGUAAAAUGUUUCAUGUGGCUUGUGGAAUCACUAUAUGCGUCUUCUCAGUGAUCCAUGUGGGCGCUCAUCUCAUAAACAUGGUCAAUUUCUCUGAUAGAUAUUCUGAAGAUUUUCCUGAUCUCAAUGUCGCUCAAUACAAGGGACAGGACUCCAGAGUCAUCAUCAUGAGCACAGUUCCUGGAGUUACCGGAGUCUUGUUGGUCAUAGUGUUGUUUCUGAUGUUUACAGCGUCGUCUUCCUGCAUCAGGGUGUCGAGUUAUGAAAUAUUCUGGUACACUCACAAUCUCUUCAUUGUGUUUUAUCUGAUUUUGAUUGUUCAUGCAGUGGGGGGAGCUUUAAAGUAUCAGGUAAACGUGGAGGCCCACCCACCCGGCUGCGUACACAUGAACCUCAGUUCAGAUUUACCGACCAAUCGCAGAGCAGCAGGAGAAAACGAAACGCAGGCCGUCUGUCGAGAAGAUGCACGCUUUCAAUCCCAUUUCCCUCAGACGUGGCUUUGGGUCUCCGCUCCUCUCUUUCUGUACUGUGCCGAGCGGUUAUAUCGGUACAUUAAAAGCAUUGCUGACCCUGUUACCAUCAUUUCUGUUGUCAGUCAUCCCUGUGAUGUCGUAGAAGUGCGUAUGUUAAAGAGCGGCUUUAAGCCCCGCCCCGGGCAGUACAUCCUGCUGAACUGCCCUGGUGUGUCCUCGUUUGAAAAUCAUCCUUUCACUCUUACCACGUGUCCAACAGGGAAAAAUGAAACAUUUGGUAUUCAUCUCAGAGUACUGGGAGACUGGACAUCGAAAUUUUCUCAGCAGCUGCUCGAACAGUCGGACAGCUCCGAGAUCCUUCCCAUGAUGCAUCAGAGGAGAUAUCCCACAGUACACGUGGAUGGUCCGUUUGGCAGUCCGUCAGAGGAGGUGUUUAAUUAUGAGGUCAGCCUGUGUGUGGCGGGCGGGAUCGGAGUCACACCGUUUGCUUGUGUCCUACAAGCUCUCUUUGAAGAUUGGUGUCAGUAUAAGUUGAAGAGGUUAUAUUUCGUUUGGGUGUGUAGAGAUCUUCAGUCUUUCUAUUGGUUUGCUGAUCUACUGUGUGGACUUCAUGAGAGGUUGUGGCAGAACAAUCGUCCAGAUUAUCUGAAUAUCCAGCUGUAUCUCAGUGACUCUCAGGGAUUACAGAGCAUCAAUGAGGAGCGAUAUCGUUACCUGAGCUCCAGACUUCAGAUUGGUCGACCAAAGUGGAAACUUCUUUUCCAAGAGAUAGGAAGAGCCAAUCAGCAUAAAAAGGUUGGAGUGUUCUGCUGUGGACCUAAAGGUAUUUCUAAAGCAUUACACGGUAUGUGUAACUCAAACCCGUACUCACAAACUACUUUUGAGUACAACAAAGAGUCAUUCAGCUGAUGAUUCACAAAUUCAUGAAUCAGUAAAAGCCAAAUAAUAAACCAAAGAAACUUCUGCUGAGGGACGAAGAGCAGGAGGAAGACGUCUGCACUUGAUGGGCAUCAUCAUCAUCUUCAGCCGGUAACCAGUUUAAUGAUUUGCACAGUGCUGAAGAGUUUUUUUUAUAUAUAUAUGAACAUGCCCUCAAUAAACCCUUAAAAAUACACAAUUAAAUGAUAAAAACAAUAUGAGGGUGAGAAAUGAUAACCAAACUUCACAUUUUGGAUGACAUAUUGCUGUAUAACUUGAAGUCAUCCUGUCUGCGUUAUGUAUAAACGCCAAGAGGUUUGGUGUAAAGUUUAUUUAAUUCAUUCUUGGACUAUGUUUUGCUCUUCUAUUUAAUAGCUUUUGUUUUACUAUUGUCAUAUUUCACGUAUAAUGUUUUCAUGUAUUACAAUUGUUUUUUUUUGGUCCAGAUUUCAGGUGAAGCACAAAAAUAGUUUACAUUUUUUUUAAAUGUAACAUUUAAUAUGUUUUGAGGCCAAAAUCAAAUGCACUGUUACU